GUACACCCUAGUACUAGUAGUGUGCCGGUCCAAUUCUACCUACGUCCUGAUAACCGCUGCAGGAGACAUGUCGAAAGAAAGCACGAAGAAGACGGCUCCGACCAUCAUUAUCACCGGUACACCCGGCGUGGGCAAGUCCACGCACGCUCAGCUCCUUGCGCAGGAAUCUCCAGCGCCCUUGAAACACAUCAAUGUCGGUGACCUAGUCAAGGAAAAGAAUCUGUACGAAAGCUAUGACGAGGAAUGGCAGAGCUAUGAAGUGGAUGAGGAUAAGCUUCUAGACGAGUUGGAACCCAUCGCAGCCGCAGGCGGUGUCAUCCUUGACUGGCAUACAUGCGAAAUCUUCCCGGAACGCUGGGCAGACCUGGUCGUAGUCCUGCGAUGCAAUCACACCAAGCUAUGGGAACGACUGGAAUCAAGAGGUUAUCCAUUGAAGAAGAUACAAGAAAACAAUGAAGCCGAGAUUAUGGAAGUAGUACUCGAGGAAGCGCGUUCUUCAUAUGCCCAGGAGAUCGUGGUAGAGCUCCAAAGCGAAGGAACUGAGGAUUUGGAGGCCAAUGUCGCACGCAUCGUGGAGUGGGUAAAAGCAUGGCAGCGAGAUCAGGCCUCAGCGAACGAUAGCGGUUAACAAAGGAAUAUUGUACAACUAGAACCAGUAAGUGGCAGCAUUAUGGAAGUAAAACAAUAGACGGUAUACACUCGGCAGGGAAGCAAGCACCUUAGGCGGGCA